GGCUAUAAGAGCGGGCGGCAGCGGCGGGGCGCAGGUUGGGGCGCGAUGCAGAGCGCACUGUUCUUGGCGCUGGAGCAUAACAGCGGGCGCAUGGAGCGAGGCGGCCGCCGCCGCAGCGAGGCAGAGGAGGUGGAGAAGGGCAGGAUGAAGAGGACGAUCAUUAAAGAUUGGAAGACAAGACUGAGCUAUUUUCUGCAGAACUCUUCCAAUUCUACUAAAAUGAAAUCUAAGAAAGUGGGAAAACACCGCACCUACUUUAGACCUUCCCCUGAAGAAGCCCAGCUGUGGUCAGAAGCCUUUGAUGAACUUCUUGCUAAUAAAUAUGGUCUUGCUGCUUUCCGAGCUUUUCUGAAGUCUGAGUUCUGCGAAGAGAACAUCGAGUUCUGGUUGGCCUGUGAGGACUUCAAGAAAACCAAGUCACCCCAGAAGCUGACAUCAAAAGCAAAAAAAAUCUACAAUGACUUCAUUGAAAAAGAGGCUCCCAAAGAGAUAAACAUAGACUUCCAAACCAAGAACAUGAUUGCACAGAACAUUCAAGAAGCCACACAUACAUGCUUCAGUGCAGCCCAGAAGAGAGUUUACAGCUUAAUGGAGAAUAACUCAUACCCACGGUUUUUGGAAUCUGAGUUCUAUCAGGAGCUGUGCAAGAAGACACCCAUCACCAGAGCAGCCCAGGGGACAUGAGCAAUGGAGAAGAGCAAGGAGAAGCCUCUCAGCUAGUGAGAAAGCAAGCCAUGGCAGCAUCCUGACCUGAAGGACUGAGAUACUAAGUGCUUGGUCUGUUUGCCACAGUGCAAGGACAAAAACUGACUCUGGUGCAAAGCUGAUGGCAAGAGCGAUGCUGCUGGAAGGCACUCAGAGGGGACAGCAGUGUUCUGCCAGCCAGCUGCUGGCAACACACUUCCUGGAGUGCUGCAGUGAAAGGUGACUCCAUGCUUUAGACCAAACCAUAUGGUAUAGGUGUCCUUCUGUCAUGGCUGAGGUGGGAUGCAGCAGGUCAGAACAGAGCUGCCUUGCCAACAGAAGCUGCUCUGUGGAGUUGUGCAGUGCUGACAACUUGAGUGGCUGGUUGCAUAUUUAUUUUUCCUAAACAUCAGGGUUGCCCUUGUCAGUUCACACUGGUUCAGUAUGCUGCCUCCGGCUGCAAAGAGAUGUGCUGGUUUUCAGUGCAACUUGCAGACAGUAACAGCACUAUGCAGCACGAAGGGAGGAAGAGGCAGAACUCAGUUCCCAGAGGAACAGGUUCUGCAACUGAAGUGUGCAGGGCUGGGUUGUGUCAGCAGGGCUGCGCAAGGCCAGACCGAGGGCGAAACUUGGCCAAGGCAAACAGGAGUUGUAUAGUAUUAUAUUUAUAUAAGGAUUAUGAUUGUGUUGAAUGCUGCAAUAAUGUCAUAAUUCUGUCUUGAGGACAGCAAGCUUCAGUGAAGUCUCUCAUUGUUUUUAAUAAACUAUUUUGAUACAAA